ACAGUCAAGCGGUGAUGCAAACGCGGUCUGCUGGGGGAGGGAGGAGGGGGUCUCGUUCUCUCGGUCAGACUUCCUCGCCACGGAGCCUUUUUUUUUGCGGUGACGACUUUUCUGGCCGCUGGCUUCAUUGAUGCGCAUUUGCUGGAAUGCUGUUGAAAGAUGAGGCAGCCGUGUGCGAAUGUUGCAGAACACCGGUAGAGGACUACUUGCCUUGCUGUUGAUGGUGUUGGAGUGGACCUGCCCAAGCCUCCCAUCCCCGCUGAGGCCCAUCUGCGACCGGAGGGUCCUGAACCAUUUCAUCAAAGAAGCCAAAGACGCCCAAGUCGCCAUGAAUUCCUGCCGGGAUGGAUGCACCCUUUCCCAGUCCGUCAGCAUUCCCCAAACUGCAGUCGACUUUGACGUCUGGGAGAGGAAAAAUGCCGCCGAGAAAGCUCAGGAAGUGCAGUGCGGCCUGUGGCUUCUGCAGCAGGCCCUCAGCUUGCUGCGCGGCUCCGUCACCAACGCGGCGCUGCACACUCACAUCGACAACUUGGUGAGGAACGUGCUCAGCGUCAAAGCCGUGCUACGCAGCCUCAACAUCCCGGACUACACGCCUCCGGCGAGCUCGGCGGGCCCGGAGAACACAUGGCGGGCGUCCACGGCGGCCGAAUUGCUCCAAGCGUACGUUAACUUCCUGCGCGGCAAAGUCCACCACCUUCUCACGGACGCGCAGGCCUGUCAGCAAGACGUCAGCUGAUCGACCCGUCCGUCUCCCCGCUCUGAGCUUUAGCCGCUUUGGGCCAAGGCGAGAGAAAGGCCUUCCCUCUGUUGACCUACUUGCUAGCUGCUAGAGGUGGUGUGGAAUUAAGAAAAAAAAAAAACACAACACCCACAACCAUUUUUUUUUUCUUUCAACUAAGCUAAA